UCCCAUCCCCAAUUCCAAUUUAAUUAAUUUCCCAUCCCCACCGCAACAAAACAAAACAAUAAUCAUUCCCUUCAUUAAACAAUACAAAGAUUGGCCAGCCACACCAUAAAUAAACAACCAAAGAUGUGAAGAAACCAAUACAUAAUCCAAAAGAAAAAAAAAAAACAAACCUCUGUUGAUUUUCUAUCUUCCUAGCCAAAAAAUGGAAAGUGAAGAAGAAAUGAAUGCAAGAGAUUAUGUUAAUGGCAGCAAAAUUAAUCACAAUUCAAAAGAGAAAGUAGAAGAAAAAGAUAAAGAAGAAGAAGAAGAAGAAGAAGAAGACGAAUCGCCGAUUGAAGAAGUCCGGCUGACGGUGACGAAUACGGACGACCCGACCCUGCCCGUAUGGACUUUCCGGAUGUGGUUCUUGGGGCUCCUCUCCUGCGCACUGCUCUCUUUCCUCAACCAAUUCUUCGCCUACCGUACGGAGCCCUUAGUGAUAACCCAGAUCACAGUUCAGGUCGCGACCCUACCCAUCGGCCACUUCCUGGCGGCGGUGCUGCCCCGGCGGAAAUUCCGGAUAGGGUCGUGGGGAGAGUUUAGCUUGAACCCGGGCCCGUUUAACAUGAAGGAGCACGUGCUGAUAUCCAUAUUCGCGAAUGCGGGUAGUGCUUUCGGAAACGGGUCGGCCUAUGCCGUCGGAAUAGUUACUAUUGUGAAGGCCUUUUACGGGAGGAGUAUUUCGUUCUUGGCUGGAUGGUUGCUCAUCGUUACCACCCAGGUACUGGGAUACGGUUGGGCUGGACUCCUAAGGAAGUACGUUGUGGAGCCUGCCCAUAUGUGGUGGCCGGGCACUCUCGUCCAGGUCUCCCUCUUCCGGGCCUUGCACGAAAAGGACAAGCAAGGAAUGUCACGAGCGAAGUUCUUCCUGAUAGUCCUAAUCUGCAGCUUCUCCUGGUACCUUCUCCCCGGCUACCUCUUCUCCACCCUCACCAGCCUCUCAUGGAUCUGCUGGGCCUACCCUAACUCCGUCACCGCCCAGCAGAUCGGCUCCGGCAUGAGGGGCCUCGGCCUCGCCGCCCUAACCCUAGACUGGACCGCCGUCGCCUCCUUCCUCAUGAGCCCCCUCAUCACCCCCUUCUUCGCCAUUAUGAACAUCUUCGCAGGCUACUUCCUCAUCAUCUACAUUGUUCUCCCCGCCUGCUACUGGGGAUUCGACCUCUUCGGGGCUCAGAAAUUCCCCAUUUUCUCCUCCCACUUGUUCACCUCCGACGGCCAGAAGUACAACAUAUCCGCCAUUGUUAACCACAAGUUCGAGCUGGAUUUGCAGAGCUAUGAGCAGCAGGGACGGAUUCAUCUCAGCAUGUUUUUUGCACUCACUUAUGGUUUUGGGUUCGCCACCAUCGCGUCCACUCUGACGCACGUCGGCUGCUUCUAUGGCAGGGAAAUAUACAGGAGAUAUGUAGCGUCGUACAAGGAGAAGGAGGACGUUCACACGAGGCUUAUGAGGAGAUACAAGGAUAUACCCUUGUGGUGGUUUUACAUACUGUUGGGACUCACCCUUGCAGUUGCCUUAGUUUUGUGCAUUGUGUUGAACGACCAAAUUCAGAUGCCCUGGUGGGGGCUUGUCUUUGCCAGCGCCAUGGCCUUCCUUUUCACCCUCCCAAUCAGCAUCAUCACAGCCACAACAAACCAGACGCCUGGUCUGAAUAUAAUAACGGAGUAUGUGAUGGGGAUGAUAUAUCCGGGAAGACCAAUCGCGAACGUGUGCUUCAAAACGUACGGCUACAUGAGCAUGAGCCAGGCAGUCUCUUUCCUCAGCGAUUUCAAGCUCGGUCAUUACAUGAAGAUCCCUCCCAGAUCGAUGUUCAUCGUCCAGUUCUUAGGGACAAUUAUAGCGGGAACUGUGAACAUCAGCGUGGCCUGGUGGCUGCUGAACUCCAUCGCCAACAUCUGCCACGACGACGUUCUCCCGGCGGACAGCCCCUGGACGUGCCCCGGCGACCGAGUGUUCUUCGACGCGUCGGUGAUAUGGGGCCUGGUGGGGCCCAGGAGAAUCUUCGGAAGCGAAGGGAACUACAGCUCCAUGAACUGGUUUUUUCUCGGAGGUGCUGUGGGCCCCAUUGUUGUCUGGCUCUUCCACAAGGCCUUCCCCAAACAUACCUGGAUUCCGUUGAUCAAUCUUCCCGUCCUUUUCGGGGCCACCGGAGCGAUGCCUCCCGCCACGCCUUUGAAUUACAACGCCUGGAUAUUAACCGGCACCAUUUUUAACUUCUUCGUUUUCCGGUACCGGAAGCGGUGGUGGCAGAGGUAUAAUUACAUUCUCUCCGCCGCGUUGGACGCCGGCGUGGCGUUCAUGGCGGUGGCGCUGUACUUCUCGCUCAGCAUGGAGAAUAGAAGCGUUGAUUGGUGGGGCACGCAAGGGGAGCACUGUAAGUUCGCCACGUGUCCCACUGCCAAGGGCAUUCGGGUUGAUGACUGUCCGGUGUACUAGCUUAUCCUGCCUUGACAGCUGGCAAUGAAUCGAUCCGGAUUGAGUUGAAUAUCGGAUUAAAUCACUCAACUCUAAUUUGUUUAUUAUCGUUUCAAAUUCGUAUUAUUAUGUUGAAUUCGUAUUAAUCCGUAUAAAUCUAAUAUUUUUGGCUGAA